GACCAUCCAAAAAGUACAGGCGGGGUUUGGGGAGUUGGAUUCGUUGGUAGGCAGAAUCAGGGAGGAGGUCUUCAUUACGGAGACUAAAAAUAUCUCCAGAGAUUUGCAGGUUACAUUAGACUUGCGCGACAACAACUAAUGAAAAAAGCAGAAACAUUUUGUUUGAAUUAAUAUCCUCUUGGGUCAUAGCUUUUACGAUUGCGCAGACGAGUGGAUAUUGUAUCUAGCAGCCGGUAGGAGCGAAGGCUGCAAAGGUGUUCUCGUCGCCAUGAUGAAGUUCGCUACUUUCCUUGGAGUGUCUGGGUUACUUCUCAUUGUCCAGGCGGCGCCACCACCAUCGACAGGCGAAGCUAUGUUCUGCCAUGUCUGUGUCGAUGCCGUGGACAACAACGACUGCAAUGCCACCAGUGUCUGCGAUGACGAGCAUAGUUACUGUCUGACUGAGGUUCUAUUCGAUGAUGGCGUCCUCACCAUCCAAAAACGCUGCGCCAGAAAGCAGGUUUGCUACAACAUGAUGGAGAACAAUGCUGAAGGCUGUGAGCACCCGGAUGAAAGGGUGGAAGGCUUGUGCUCAUACUGCUGCUCAUCCCGUGGGUGCAACGCCAGGCUUCCUCCAUACGAAGAACUAGAGAGCCAGGUUAUACCAGGGGCCGUUCCUCAUCCGCCUCCAGGGGAGGUUAGAACUACGAGACCCAGGACGCAGGAGCAUACACCAAAACCAGCCCACGAGCAUGCAACAAAACCUACACCCCAGGAACACACCCCAAAGCCUAGAACCCAGGAACACACCACAAAACCUAGAACUCAGGAACACACCACAGGACCUAGAACUCAGGAACACACCACAAAACCUAGAACUCAGGAACACACGCCAAAGCCUAGAACCCAGGAGCAAACGCCAAAGCCUAGAACCCAGGAACACACCCUAAAGCCGAAAACCCAGGAACACACCCCAAAACCGAAAACCCAGGAACACACCCCAAAGCCUAGAACCCAGGAACACACCCCAAAGCCGAAAACCCAGGAACACACCCCAAAGCCUAGAACCCAGGAACACACCCCAAAGCCGAAAACCCAGGAACACACCCCAAAGCCGAAAACCCAGGAACACACCACAGAGCUUAGAAGUCAGGAACACACCACAGACCCUAGAACCCAGGAACACACCACAGAGCCUACAACUCAGGGGGACACUACUCACUCUUUCUCCCAGCAGCAUGUAUCUCAGAUGGGAGUGACAAGCCCUACCAACACAAUCCUGCACAGCGAAAUAGUGUCGACUUCCCCACCAACUUCUGCCCCGGAGAAGGUUCCCCUUCCACAAGUUCACGUGGACGUUCACGUGCAGAUCGACAUCGGCAAACAGGGACAGGGGCAGACCACCUCGUGGCAAAGCCAAGUGACCCCCACCACAGAGAAACCCUGGUCGAGCUCGAAGGCUGGCUUCCUCGAUACCCUGCAGACUACGACCCCUGAUCCAAAAUCUUCAACGUCACUUCCGUCGACGAGAGCCACGAGCUUGACGUCAAGGACCAGCAAGGUGAUGUACGCUCAACCGACGGCGGCGCCGCACGCCAUCCCCACGCCCGCGCCUCCUUUGCUGUCUUUUCAUCAUCACCCAUGACGUCACCAAGUUUCUCUCCGACGACACACAUCACCGCAUCAUCGUCGCAGGGGACGAACGAGGCCACUGCGCAGCCAACCGCGGCACCGACUCCAACAGGUCACGUGGCAAACUGCUGUUGCCCAGGGGGACAAGCGAAAGUUGGGAUGGUAGAUUCAUCGCCCCUGCAGGGAAAUCCCGUUGGCAUCGCCAGCGACAUCCUCAAGCUGCUGUUACCAGGUUCCACCCUGGACCUUCACAUCCACAUGGGCGGCGGACUCUCUGUCAAAAAUGAAGAUGAAGGAGGGAAUCCGGUCGUCCAUGAUUAUACUGUACAGGAUAAACAGACUUUACCCGUUGAAGCUGCCUGAAGGAGCAGACGAGAGGUGUGAGGUCCUUGUAGCAGAUGAUGUCAUGUAGAUAAGUCCCAUUGACCACCUUGUUUGGCAUCGAGUGAUGUAGCUUUCUUUAGAGACACCCAGGUGCUGGGUGUACAGUCAAGAGUAGCAGGCAUAUCGGCUUUCAAGCUUUACCAGUUCUGCCUUUUAUGAACGGCUUCUAGAGAUCUAGUAAAACGGCUAUAAACUGAUGUCUGAGUUUAGUGUU